UUUGUUUUGGCUGGCGCGUGCGCAGAAGGCAGAACACGUGGUCUCCUGGGCCCGCCCCUUGCCUUGGCGGCGGCGACGCCUCGCCUGGCGCCGCUGUGGUGCUGGGUGCUUUGGAGAAGCUGUGAGGCAGAACCGUUUGUGUUAGAUAUGUUCCUUUUUAAAUUAAUUUAUUUUAUAAUUUAUUUUAAGCAAAUUUUUUUAGCUUUUAGAAUUAGUAGGGAUGGAGGGGACUUUAGAGUGUUAUUGAGUGAUGGUGCUUUCAAGUUUAAGUCACUUAUUAGUGUGGAAACAGAGGAUGUAUGGUGUUUGGUGGCAAGAAAUACAGGGUUAUGUUCUGGUCGUUUCAGAAACCACAGGAAAGAAAGGCUGGCUUCUCAGCCAAGGGAGAAUGGAUGGACAUUCUUGUAAUGUUUUCUUACUCCCGGAGAAUUAGUGUUUGGCUGGUUUCUACCCUGCCUCGCCCCUGACAUGUCCACUCCUCCCUUCCUCUCUGAUCAGUGGCAUUACGGGGGAUUUUUUUUUUUUUUUUUACUUUGGGAAGCACAUUCCGUUUUUGAUUCCCCUAACUUCAGAACAGUCAUGUACUGGCGAGAUCAAAGAGGACAGUUUCCGUCGUUUUUCCUUAAGCAGCUUGCUUAACUUCGUGCCGAGUUUGGGUCAGUAGAAAUGUUUUUUAAAUACUGACUGGAUGGGGCAAGUUUGUUAGCAACAAAACCUAGUGAAAUAGUUGCCAAUACUGCAGACAAAACUGGCAGUGUUUUUGACUAUGAAAAAGUGGCUUUAAAAAUACUUCAAAAAUGGAGAAAAACCUGGUGUUCUGGAAUGCAGAUUGCCUGAGAAAGAGGUUUAGUAGUGAGUCGUCGCUGCCCUUUCCAACUCUCACUAGCUGUUUUUCUUGGGCAAGUUACAACUUCUCUGAUCUCAAUCUCCUUCCUCUUGUAAAUAUUUCACAAUAUUGUGCCUGCUUUAUGAGGUUGUUAUGAGGAUCAAGUGCAUUGUGUUAGUAAAAGUGAUUUGUAGUCUACAAAUACUACACAUACAGAAAUUGCCUAGUAAUACGGUUUUGUGACAAAAGUCAGGGUUUUUAAAACCAGCAUACUGGAGGAAUAUAAAGAAUGCAUGUUUCAUGAAAUUGGAUAUAUUUGAAUAUUUUCAAAGUCUGUUUUAACUAUUUGAUUCUUCCUCAGCUUUCACUUACUCGUCUGCCACCAUUUCGUCCUUGCAGCUAUAGUUUUAAUCUGUGUAGAUAGGUAAUCGUUACUUCUGGGGUAAUCGGCUGUUCUGGGGUAAUUUUUUACAUGAAACUCUUCUUGAUCAAGACCAAUUCUAUCACAUUGAUUUUUACAUUUACGUUUUUAUUUUGAUAUGUGCUUAGUCAAGUUCCAGUUGCUUAUUUUGCUAAGUAAUCUUUUUUAUUAUAAAAUAAGCUUUUUCCUAAAAUUGGGAUUAUACGGUAUUUUCACACAAUUUUACCUUAGCAACAUAUUUCCAUAUUAUAUAUUCUUUGAAAACCUUUUUAAUAACUGACAAACAUUUCUUCAUAAAACUAUCAUAUUUUAGAUAUUUCGUAUUGGCAGGUGUUUGGGAUGUUUCUAAUGUUUUAUUAGUACACGUUUUUCUACACAGAAUAGCCUCGUCCGUAAGUCAUUGAAAUUUUUAGAUUUGUAGAAGUGGAAUACUGGGUCAAAGAUUUUGGAUUUUUUUUUUAAGGCUCUUGCAACAUUACUAAAUUACCUUCCAGAAUGUUGUGUUGAUUUAUACUCUAAUGCCUCCCAUUAUAUCUUUAUUCAUCAUCCCGCAUUAGCAUUAAAAGAAGAAAACCUUGCUUUACUUUGCAUUGCUUUAUUUUUCUCAUGUCCGACACUCAUUUGUUUUAUCUUUCUGAUUUAUUGUAAGCUGCUUGAGGGAAGGGAAUGUUUCAUUUUGGACAGGCUUCUUAUCACAUAGUGUGUGCUCAAUAAAUACUUGUCAGUUGACUACUGGCAUGUGUAGCUUUUGACCUCCAGAAGGUCAGGAUAUUGUGUCUUCGGCUUUUUGUCUUAGUAUAAGAGUAAAUUGUUGGUGGUAUACUGUUAUCGUUUGACUAAUUCCAUUCAGGUGGGAGAACUUCACUGCAGUUAUCACAGUUAUCGACUACAAUAUCUGGUGACUUCCCAGUAUUCACCUGUGCCAUUAUCCAAGAGUUCCUUCCAGUUUCGAUGCUGUCUUUCAUGUUAACAGAAUGCUGUUGGCACAGUGGUUAAGUGCUGUGGCUGUUAACCAAGAGAUCAGCAGUUCAGAUCCAUCAGCUGCUCCUUGAAAACCCUAUGGGGUCACUAUGAGUUGAAAUUGACUUCACUGCAACGGGUUUGGGUUUUAUUUAUUUUGGAUCAUGUUAACUUAGGGUAUUUCAUUUACUUUACAUCUCAGGAGCCUUGGUGGUGCAGUGGUUAAGUGCUUGGCUGCUAACCAAAGGGUCGGUGAUUUGUAUCACCAGCUUUUCCCAGGAGAAAGAUGCGGCAGACUGCUUUAGUAAAGACUUAGAGCCUUGGAAACCCUAUGGGACAUUUCUGCUCUCUUCUAUAGGGUCACUAUGAGUCGGAGUUGCCUCAGUGGCAACGAGUUUUGGUACCUAUUGAUCUAGUUUGGAAUUCACUUAGAAUUCACUGUAAUUAUUUUAGCUUCACUUUUAUAGCAUUUUCUGUAUUUGAAAAAAAAAAAAUGCCUAGUGUUUUAAAGUUCCUUAGUUUCAUCAUUCAGAUUGUUCUUGUUAGUCCACCUGUUACUUUGUCCAUAGGAUCUUUUACUACCUUUAACCUACCACAUAAAGCUUAAAGCUUAUAGUAAUAUGUAAUUCUUGUUUUCAUGAUGUUUUUCAUGUAUUCAAUCAGUUAUCCCUUCAUGUCCUUUUACAUUUGUCUAUACAAUAUUAGAUGGUGGUUGAAGGAGGCAGGAAGUGGCUUCCUUCCAGUUUAUAAUUGUGUUUAGGGUUGUUUACUGAUUGGGUUCAUUAAGCUAUUAAACAGCAUGGAAUGAGGCUGUUAACAACAGAAGUGUCAGUUAAUAGGGAAUUAGUAACCAAUUUACUGACUUGAAAGCAUAUCACUUUUAAUACCUCUAGUUUUCUGAGUAUUGCAGAAUUGGAAGCAUAUGGGUUCAUUUAUAAUAAAAAAAAAAAAGAAAAAAUUUAUUUUUUUCAUUUAUAAUGAAAAAAAUUAGUAUUUUUUAAACUUUUAUGAACUUUUUAUUCUUUUCUAGUAUUAAAAUUUUGUUUCCAUUCCUGUAAGAUCAAGAAUUCUCAGGCAUGUUACUUUUAAUAAUUUUUUUUUAGUUUUAAUUUGGUUACAUUUUUAGCUGGUUUACCGUUAGUUAAUGUUUAAGCAUGUGAAGAAAAGUCGAAGUCAAAAUGUGUGGACUUGGCAAAUGUGGUAAUACACUUCUAAAUGUAAAUUAAAAAAAAGAUUCUUCUUUUAUAUCCCGAUGAGUCAUGCACUUAUAACUGAAUGGUAAUAAUUUUGCUUGAAGUAUGAUCUGUUUGAUGUGUUAUGUGGCCACCCAAGUGGCUUUAUCUUUAAUUAAAUUCCUUUGUCUUCAAAGAGAAUUCCUUUUUAGGCAUAGUUUUCAAAGUGGAAGAAGUUCAUGCGUAUACACAUUAUUGAAUACAAAGAACUGAGCUAACUGUACCCAGGUCAUACCAGUUACUGCAGUGCUUCCUGCUGUGAAUUGAGAGUUCCCAUGAUGUCGCGUAUAAAGAAAUCCUAGAAACAUGAUGCUGUAUUUUGUUUUCCUACCUUCCAUUAGUUCCUGUGUAUACCAAUGUGAACUCAUUCUCAUUUUUUUGUUAUUUUAAAUGGGUUUGCCCUUGAGGAUUACAAAUAAGAAAUUUUGAGCUCCCUUAUAUUUGAAAAAAACAAAACAAAACAAAAACGAAGCUCUCGUGGCUCAGUGGUUAAGAGCUCAGCUGCUAACCAAAAGUUCAGCAGUUUGAGUCCACCAACUGCUCCUUGGAAACCCUACGGGGCAGCUCUGCUGUGUCCUUUAGGGUCUUUAUGAGUCAGAAUCAACUCAAUGGCAACAGGUUUUUUUUUUUUUUUCAAAUUUGAAUAAUAUUUAAAAAAGCAUCUCAAAUGUUAAAGAGUGUGUCUUUUUCGCAUUUUUUCCUUACUGUUAUUACAUGGGUGUGGUUUUUGGGUUAUUACAUGGAUCAGCUAUCUGAAGCACAUUUAAGUUAUAAAUGUGGAAAUAAUGCCUGACCUUUUACUUUGGGAUUCAAACCCCUCUCAAAAUGCUAUAGUCUUUUCCCUGUCUUUUAGCUUAAGGAUAAGGAGACUAAGGUUGGCAAUUUGAACCUGCCCAGAGACGCCUCACAAGACAGGCCUGGUUAUCUGCUUCCGAAAGGUCACAGCCGGAAAACCCUAUGGAGCAGUUUUACCCUGUACACGUGGAGCUGCCAUGAGUCAGAAUCGAUUCAGUGGCAACUAACAACAACAAAGCCCUUCCAAGUUGGCCCCAUUUCAUAAAAUAACAUCACUGACUACCCAGUCGCUCAAGCCAGAAACCUAGUAGUCACCCGUGAUUCUUUUCUUUCCCAUAAACCCCACAAAACCUUGGCCAUCGAUACCUUGAAAUCUGUUCUGAAUUCACUUUUUUUUUCGUUUCUACUCUUUCCUCACUAGUCCAAGACGUCAGCACCAUAUCUCAUUUAGAUUGCCUUGGUAACCUCCUUACUGGUCUCCCUGCAUCCAUUUUUGCUCCAUCACAAAUCUUUGCUCUACAGAACAGCCAGGGUAGUUUUUUUGAAAAAGUAAAAUAUGUAAAUAAGAUCAUGUUACUCCCUUGCCUCAAUCUCUCUGGUGACUUUCCUUUUGACGUAUAUAAAACGCCCAUGGUUUGGCCUCUAUCUACCUUUCUGAUCUUACUUCCUACCACUUUCUGUCUGGCUCAUUAAAUUCUAGGCAUAUUUGCUAUUUUUGUUCUAAAAACACCAAAUUUAUUCCUGCCCUAAAGCUGUCUAUUAUCUUUUUUUCUUGGAAGGCCAUUUGCUUAAAUUCUUGGUUAGUUUCUUAAGGUCAUUUCAGAUCCCUAAGCAGAUGCCACCCACAGAGAGGCCUUCCUUCAUCUACAAGUCUAAAUUAACCUCUACCCAUGUUUGUCAUUUUCACUGCCAUCUUUCUAGUAACUACAACAGUGUUUUUCACAUGUUACUCGGUAAGUAUGUAUUAAUGCACCUCCAAGCACAGCUACCACCUGUUUAUCAGUGGAGGCUUGCGUGUUGCUGUGAUGCUCAACAGGCUUUAGCAACACUUCCAGACCAAGGAAGAUUAGGAAGAAAGGCCUGUAGAUCUACUUUCAGAAAAAUCUGUCAGCAGAAUUCUUUGGAUCACAACAGUCCAAUCCCAUUGUGCUUGGGGUCACCAUGAGCUGGGGGCUGACUCGAUGGCAGCUAAUAGCAAUAGCAACACCUGAUCUAUUAAUGUUCAGUUUUAGAUUCUAUGUAUAUUAAAUGGCAGCCUGGCAGCACAAUGGUUAAGUGCUCAGCUGCUAACUGAAAGGCUGGUGGCUUGAACCCACUAGCCACUCUGCAGGUGAAAGGUUACAUAUGGAAGGCACUUUAUAGAACUGAUGGAGGUAUUCUGAGGUGAAUUAGAAUUAACGUCUUAAUAACAUUGAAUGAUCUAAUCAUGAACACAGUACAUCUCUUAAUUUAUGUAGACUUUAUUUCUUUAGAAACCUUGGUUGCAUAGUGGUUAAGUGCUACAGCUGGUAACCAAAGGGUCAGCAGUUCGAAUCCACCAGGCAGUCUGUGGAAGCUCUAUGGGGCAGUUCUCCUCUGCCCUGUAGCGUUGCUCUGAGUUGGAAUCAACUCGAUGACAACAGGUUUGAUUUGGUUUUGGUUUAUUUCUUUAAUUGGUUUUCUGUAUUUUUCAGCACAUAAAUCCUGCACAUAUUUUGUUAGGUUUAAAACCAAAACCAAAUCUAUUGUGAUCCAGUCGAUUCGGACUCAUGGUAACCACAUGGGUGUCAGAGUAGAACUGUACUCCAUAGGGUUUUCAAUGGCUGUAAGCUUACAGAAGUAGAUUACUAGGCCUUCCCUGUGUGGGGCUGCUGAGUGGGUUCAGACCACCAGCCUUUUGGUUAGUAGCUGAGUACAAAUCGUUUGUGUCACCCAAAGUCUUAUUUUAUACCUAAGUAUUUCAUGCUUUUUGGAGCUACUGGAAUUAGUAGUUUUGAAAAUUUCUAUUUUCGUGUUUUCAUUUCUAGUAUACAGAAAUACAGUUGAUUUUUAUAUGUCCCACCUUGUAUCCUGCUACCUUACUAAGUUCAUUUAUUAAUUGUAGGAGAUUUUAUGUGUAUGUGUGUUUGUAGAUUUCUUUGGAUUUUCUACAUAGAAAAUUAUGUCAUUUGUGAGUAGAGACAGUUUUAUUUCUUUAUAAUCUGUAUGCCUUUCAUUUCUUUUUUCUUGCCCUGUUGCACUGACCAGGACCUUCAGUAUGAUGUUUAAUACAAUCGGUGAUAGCAGAAUUCUUGUCUUAUUCCAGUUUUAGGGCAAAAACUUUCAGUCUUUUCACCAUUAAUUAUGAUGUAAUCUAUAAACUUUUUGUAUAGAUGCUCUUUCUUAGGUCAAGGAAUAUUCCUUUCCUUCCUAAUUUGUCUUUUCUUGUAUUAUGAAUAGAUAUUGAAUUUUGUCAAAUGUUUUUCCUGCAUCUGUUGAGAACAUACAGUUUUUUUUUCUUUAGUCUUUUGAUAUAGUGCAUUUCUUUGAUUUUUUUUAAAGUUGAACCAGCCUUGUAUUCCUGAAAAAACCACACUUGGUAGUGACAUAUUUUCUUUUUUUAUAUAUUGCUGGAUUUGUAGCUUUUAUUUAAAGUUAUAGUUGAGAUGUUACUCCUUAAACCCGAAAAACCAAACCCAGUGCAGUGGAUUCCGACUCAUAGCAACACUACAGGACAGAGUAGAACUGCCCCAUAGAGUUUCCAGGGAGCGCCUGGUGGAUUUGAACUGCCAACCCUUUGGUUAGCAGCUGUAGCACUUAACCACUAUGCCACCAGGGUUUCCAUGUCUCGCCUUAUAACUACCUAAACCCUGGAGCACCUUUGAAAAUCAUGAUCCACUGAUUUGUUUGUUCGUUAAUUCUCUGAACAAAUAGAUAAGAAUAACUAUGUGCCAGGCAUUGUUCUGAAUGCCGGGGAUUAAAGGAUUGAACAAAAUAGAGUUCCUGCCUUUAAACUAUAUCCCUCCCUAGAAUGUAAUAAAUAAUGUCAGGUAGUGAUUAGCGCUGUGAAGGACAGUAGAGCAGUGUAAGUAAAUAGAGAGUCAUGGAUUGAAGGCCUGAGGUAUGUUCAACAUAUGUUUGUCAGGGAAGGACUCUGACUAGGUGACCUUAGAGCAGUAACAUGAGUGAAGUGAGGGAGCCAGCAAUGUUAUUUGUGGGAAAUUACUCCAGGCUAAGAGAAUAGCGAGCACAGAGUCCAUGAGGCAGGAACGUGGUGUGUUUUAAGAAUAGCAUGGAGGCCAGAGUUUAUGGAAUGAAGUGAGCCAUGGAGAGAGUUGUAGAAGGUGAGGUAGUCAGAGACCUGAUAAGGUAGAACUUUGGAGGCUGUGGUAAGGACAACUUUGGAUUUUAAGUGUAAUGGCAGUCACUGAUUCACUCACCAAAUAUUUAUGGAGUACCUGCUAUCUGUCAGACACUUUUUCAUGUUGUGGAUACAAGUUAAGAUAGUCAAGAAAUCCAAGCCUUUAUAGAGCUUUCAAGUGCUAAUGGUAAGUGUAGUUGUUUAUGCAGUAUGGAGAUGGUGAGAGGUGAGAAGUGGUAGGGUUUAGAAUAUUCAGUUUGGAAACAUGCAAUUAUUACAUAUUUAAAUAAUUAAAAUAGUUGGAAUAAAUACACUGAUUUAUUUUUUUUUUAGCUACAGAAGACAUAUCUGUUGAGUUUCUUUUGGUUGCAAAGUAUAGAGACUUGUUCAGGUUUGGAUUUUUGUAAGGAUAUACUUGGGAAUAGAGUACAGGGAGACUUCAUGGAAAUCCUAGAACAGGAACUGUGAUAUGGCUGGGCCUUCUACAGACUAGAGGCCAAAAGUCUUUAUAUCCAAGUAUAUUAGUUAUCUACUGCUGUGUAACAAAUUAACCCAUGAUUUAGUGGCUUAAAAUACCAUUUAUUUAGUUUCUGUGUGUCUGGAAUCUAGGCAUGACUUAGCUGGGUGCCUCUUGCUUAAGGUCUAUCUUAAGGCUGCAUUGAAGGUAUUGGUUUGAGCUGCAGUCAUCUCAUGGCUUGGCUGGGGAAAGAUCUAUGUCUCAGAUCACUUGCUUGACUGUUGGCAAGUCUUUGCUGUCUGUAGGCUGGGGACAUCAGUUCUUUGCCAUCGUGAGCCUCUCUAGCUCAUAUUAUGGCAGCUGGAUUCCGUGAGAGAGUGAGGGUGACAAGAUGGAAGUCAUAGUCUUUUUGUGACCUAAUCUUGGAAGUAACAUUCCAGCACCUCUGUUGCAUUCUCUUCACUGGAAUCGAGUUGCUAAAUCCUUACUGCAUUAGAGGAGAGGAUUACACAAGGGCAUGAAUACCAGGAGGUAGAGAUUGUUAGGGUCAUUUUAGAAGUUAUCUACCACUGGAAGUAAGCCCUAGAGAUCUCACCAGAAAUAAUUUUUGUCUGUGUGUUUUAUUGUAGUUCUCUACCAUAAGAGUGCCUUAACCACUCUUCAUGUCUACAUUUCUUUUCCUUCUCCUUUUGCUACCAACUAUAUUUUUAACUACUAAUCUUUUCCUUUCCUCUUAUUUUUCGUUUCCCCUUGCCUUCAGUUUAUCCAUGGCUCAAGAGGAGCUCUCCUGCCUCAUGAUAUUUCACCUUUUGCCCUUGCUGCUAACCAUUUUGGUUAUAUUCAUAGCACCCUGUUCAAAAUUUUCAAAGAUAGAAUGGGGUGAGGGAGAGUAGAGGGUGGAGUACAUAGAGAUAGACUGGGUGAGGGAGAGUAGAGGGUGGAGUACAUAGAGAUAGACUGGUGAGGGAGAGUAGAGGGUGGAGUACAUAGAGAUAGACUGGGUGAGGGAGAGUAGAGGGUGGGGUACAUAGAGAUAGAAUGGGGUGAGGAAGAGUAGAGGAUGGGAUACAUAGAGAUGGAAUAGGGUGAGGGAGAGUAGCGGGUAGAGUACAUCAUCUUUUGAAUAUGACUACGUCAUCAUUAAGAACUAUGGUUAAGGCAGUUUCCCUUAGAGAGUAGUUAUCUAAGUAUUAUUGGAGAUGUUUAUAGAUUAGAAGGUAUAGAUCAUUGAGUUGAGCAAAUGACUUGAAACUUGCAAAAAAAUUUCCCAAUGUUAGGUCAUUUUGUAAUUAUUUUUCUAUUUCUCCUAAAAGUGGACUAUAAGAUGAAAAAAAAAGUUAUUUUUGUCAUCCUGUUUUUUGGUUUUAGGAUACAUGGGAAUUUAUUAUGCAUAGAGUACUUGUAUUGGGGAUAUUAUAUAAAAGUGUAUAAGUUUUAAGACAUACAGAAGGACUACAUUUUUUGAGACAUUAUGAAGUAUAUAUGUAAAAAGGCAAACAUUUAUUUUUAUCACCCAGAAAUAACAGUUAGCAUUGGUUCAUUUUUACAUCUUUUAAGUAAUAAAAUUUUGUUGUUAAAGCUGAAAUCUCCUUAAACUACCACUCCUAAUUCUGUUUCAUGAACCUUACCUAAUGCAAUUGCUGUUACAAGUUUUGUAUUUUUUUCCCACAUGUACAGUUCACUGACAUUGUGUUCAUCACAUUGUGCAGCCAUCACCAUUAUCCAUUUCCAAAUUUUUCCAUCACCUUUAGUGGAAGCUCAGUGUCUCCUAAGCAAUGAGUCCUACUUUUCACCUUUCUACCACCUGCACCUGGUAACUACUAAUAACCUUGAGUCUGUAUACACUUGCCUAUUCUAGAUAUUUCAUAUAAGUGGGAUCAUACGUAAGUUGUCCUUUUAUGACUGACUUAUUUCACUCAACAUGAUAUUGUCAAGGUUCAUUCACCUUGUAAUAUGUAUCAGGACUUUAUUUCUCUCUGUGGAUGACUAACAUUCCACUGCACAUAUGCACUGCAUUUUGUGGACAUUUGGGUUGUUUCCACCUUUUAGCUUUUGUGGCUAGUGCUGCAACACAUUGGUGUAUGUAUAUGUCUGUAUAGCUGCUUUCAGAUCUGUUGGGUAUAUAUCUGGGAGUAGAAUUGCUGGUCGUAUGGCAGUUCUGGGAGCCCCUUUGGUGCAGUGGUUAAGCAUCAGUUGCUAACUGAAAUGUUGGCGGUUCAAACCCAUCAGCUGCUCUGCAGGAGAAGGACGUGACUGUCUGCUUCCACAAAGAUAGCCUAGGAAACCCUAUAGGCAGUUCUACUCUGUCCUAUAGGGUUGUUGUGAGUUGGGAUUGACUCCAUGGCACACAACGACCUAGUAGUUCUGUGUUUAAAUUUUUGAGGACCCUCCAUACUGUUUUCCUCAGCAGCUGUACCAUUUUACAAUCUCAACCAGCAUUGAAUGAGGGUUCCUAUUUCUCCACAUCCUCACCAACACCUGUUGUUUUCUGUUGUUUUAAUCAUAGCCAUCUUAGUGAGCAGGAGAUGAUAUCUCAUUGUGGUUUUAAUUUGCAUUCCCCUAACGAUUAAUGAGGGGGAAGUGGUGGGUCUGUGUAGAACUUUCAUCUUCCAUGUAGCAGAUGAUGGUUUGACUCUUGGCCAGUGCACCUCAAGUGCAGCCACCACUUACCUGUCAGUGGAGGCUAAUGUGUUGGUAUGAUGAUGAACAGGCUUUAAUAAAACUUCCAGACUAAGGCAGAUUAGGAAGAAAGGCCUGGUGAUCUACUUUUGAAAAACCAGCCAGUGAAAGUCCUGUGGAUCACAGUGGUCUGAUCCUGCUGUUGGGGGCUGACAUGAUGACAGCUGACAACAGUGAUUAAUGAUGUUGAGCAUCUUUGCAGGUGCUUAUUGGCCAUUUAUAUUUCUUCUUUGGUGAAGUAUCCAAGUCGUUUGCCCAUUUUUUGAUUGAGUUGUUUUUUUGUUGUUAAGUUGUAGGAGUUCUGUAUAUAUUUUGGAAAUUAAAGCUUUGUCAGAUGUAUGGUUCCCCCAGAUUUUCUUCCAAUUUGUAGGUUGUCUCUUCAGUUUGUUGAUAAAGUCCUUUGAUGAUGAACCAAAGUUUUUUGGUGUCAUAUCUAAGAAUGCAUUGUGGAAUAUUAGAUCCCAAAGCAUUAUCCUGUGUAUUUUUUCUUUCAGGAGUUUUAUGGUUUUAGGUCUCAUAUUUAGGUCUUUGAUUCAUUUUAAGUUAGUUUUAUAUAUGGUGUGAGAUAGUGGUCCAGCCAGGUUCAUUCUGUUGUUUGCAGAAGUCCAGUUGUCUCAGAACCAUUUAUUAAAGAGACUGUUCUUUCCUCACUGGAUGGCUUUAGCAAGUUUGGUUUCCAGUAAUUAUCUGCAGGAAUCGCCAUGACCCCAGCUCUGAGGGAGGCAGCAACAAAGGGUAUCUGCUUUUCAUCUUUGCCAAGUACCAUGGAGUCUGACAAGAUGCUGUGCAUGGGAAGUCCAAGAACCGUAGAUGAAAAGCUAAAGGGAGACACUUUUUCUCAGAUGCUGGGAUUUCCAACUCCUGAACCUACUCUUAAUACAAAUUUUGUAAAUUUAAAACACUAUGGCUCCCCUCAGUCUUCAAAACAUUAUCAGACAGUUCUUUUAAUGAGUUCUAAUUCUACAUUAAAUAAAUACAAUGAGAACUAUAAACAAAAGAAAUUAGGGGAACCCAACUGCAGUAAACUGAAAAAAAUACUGUGUAAUGGCAGCAACAUUCGGCUCAGUAAAAUCUGUCAGCCUCCUUCUGAAGAGUUCAUCAAAAAGGAACCUCUCUCAGAGACCACAGGCAAGUGCAUGACAGAUGUACAAAGUUUUUUGGAUUCAAAUAUAACCAAAGACACUAGUGUAGAUAAAGUACAACUGCAAAACUGUAAAUGGUACCAAAAGAACGUACUUUUGGAUAAAGUCACUGAUGCUGAGAAUAAAAAGGGUUUACUGUACUGUGCUCAUAGGAAAAUUGGGCCUGGCCAUUCACAUGUGCCUAUUAGUUCCUCAGCUGCUGAAAAAGAGGAGGAGGUGAACGCUCGUUUACUGCACUGUGUAAGCAAACAGAAAAUUUUACUCAGCCAGGCUAGAAGAACUCAGAAACAUUUGCAGAUGCUCCUGGCAAAGCAUGUUGUUAAGCACUAUGGUCAGCAAAUGAAAUUUUCUAUGAAGCAUCAGCUCCCCAAAAUGAAGAUCUUUCAUGAACCUACCACAAUUUCGGAUCACAGUUUACCUAAGUGUACUGAACUUAAGCCGCCAGAAGUCAGCAUAUUGACUGCAGAGAAUAAAUUGUGGGAUGAUGCAAAAAAUGGCUUUACACGGUGUUCAGCUGCAGAAAUCCAAAGAUUUGCACUGUCUGCUACAGGGCUGUUGUCUCAUGUUGAAGAGGGUUUGGAUUCUGAUGCAACUGAUAGCAGCUCUGAUGACGAUUUGGAUGAAUGUACCAUUAGGAAAAAUGUGGCAGUUAACUGUAGUACUGAAUGGAAGUGGCUUGUAGACAGAGCAAGAGUUGGCAGCCGAUGGACAUGGCUUCAAGCCCAGAUUUCAGAGCUAGAAUACAAAAUCCAACAGCUAACGGAUGUUCACAGGCAGAUUCGUGCCUCCAAGGGGAUAGUGAUCCUAGAAGAAUGUCAACUUCCAAAAGACAUUUUGAAGAAACAGAUGCAAUUUGCAGACCAAGCAGCUUCAUUAAACACUACAGGGAAUCCACAGUUUCCACAAGAUAGCCACGAUUCUUUACCAGAACAAGAUUUUGAAAUGUCACCUAGCAGCCCUACACUACUUCUUCGGAACAUAGAAAAACAGAGUGCACAGUUGACUGAGAUCAUCAACAGUUUGAUUGCCCCACUCAACUUGUCCCCAACUGCAUCACCCCUCUCCUCCAAAUCCUGUAGCCAUAAGUGUCUGGCUAAUGGCAUUUCCAGGAGUGCUUCAGAGAAUUUAGAUGAGCUCUCUUCCUCCAGUAGUUGGUUCCUUAACCAGAAGCACAGUAAGAAAAGGAGAAAAGACAGGACAAGAUUGAAAUCUCCAUCCUUGACUAUCAUGAGUACAGCAGCCCGAACAAGACCACUUCAGAGUUUCCACAAACGAAAACUCUACAGACUGAGCCCUACUUUUUAUUGGACUCAGCAGACUUUGCCUUCAAAAGAGACAACAUUCUUAAAUACUACACAAAUGCCUUGCCUGCAAUCAGCUUCAACUUGGAGUAGCUGUGAAUGCAACUCAAAGUCUCAGCUACCAAGAGAACGUUUAUCAGAGUUGGAUUCCUCUUUCCACUCUGUUCUGUCAUUACCAUCAGAUGUGCCUCUUCAUUUUCAGCUUGAAACAUUGUUAAAAAAGACUGAAAUAAAAGGAGAUCUUGCUGAAAAUAAAUGUGUAGGAGAGUGUGUCAUAUCACCAUCACCUGUAUGUAGUACUUCUCUGCAUCAAUGGAGAAAUGGAUAUUCACCUACAUGUAAGCCUCAAAUAAAGUCAGAAUCUUCUGCACAACUGUUACAGGGAAGAAAGAAAAGACACUUGAGUGAAACGGCAUUAGGAGAAAGAAGUAGAUUUGAAGAAUUUGCUUUUCAACGCACAGAACCAGGAUCCCAUAGUAAUUUUACUGCUGUUACUAAUGUCAACGUUAUAUCAAGAACCCAGACUUCAUCAUCACAAAAUACUGCAAGACGGAGACUGAGAAGUGAGAGCUCUUAUGACAUAGAUAACAUUGUAAUUCCCAUGUCAUUAGUCGCCCCAGCUAAGUUGGAGAAACUCCAAUAUAAGGAAAUACUUACUCCAAGCUGGAGGAUGGUUGUUCUUCAGCCUUUGGAUGAUUACACUUUAGGUGAAGAAGAGAUAGAAGAUCUUUCCGACGAAGUCUUCUCCCUAAGACACAGAACAUAUGAAGAGAGAGAGCAGGCCAGGUGGUCACUGUGGGAGCAAAGCAAGUGGCAGAGGAGAAACAGCAGAGCUUUCAGUAAAAAUGCUGAAGGACAGGACUUGCUUUGGAAAGAAUACACCACUGACUUCAGUAGUGGGCAGCACUGUGCUGCUCAGAGUUCUCCUGAGAUUCCUUCAGAAAGUCAUGAUCCCUGUGCACUUGGCUCCCCUUCAUUAAAUGAAAGUCAAGAAGCCAAGUCUUUGUGGUGGGAACGAAGGGCUUUUCCGCUGAAGGAUGAAGACACAGCAGCCUUAAUAUGCCAGGAUGAAAAAAAUGAUCAGACUGAAAAGUCAGGCACAACUUUCCAUGGUGAAGUCUUCUGUACGAGUGCACCAGACAACGGCCACCAUCCAAAAAAGGAGUCAGUAGAUGGAAUGGAAGAGUACAAAACCUUUGGUUUAGGACUUGUUAAUGUUAAAAAAAACAGGUGACAGGGAAUAUGGUGAUUAAGAAAACUAUGUAACUAAAGGGAAAACAGGAUUAAAAAAAAAAAAAAGUCCUGUUCUCAGCCCCCACGCCUCCCAGUCACAGCUCCAGAAUGAGAGCAUGUACUGCAUGUAUUACUCUUUUAUGCUGUUUAUGAAAGAGGCAAGAUAGGUUUUUUCCCUUCUUGAGCCACUGGAAUAACUAGCUUUCCACCCAUAGACAAGUGCUGGCAUUUGCAUUUGCCAUGCAAAUACCUAGCACCAAGAAAUUAACUGCUGUGAUUUGAUGUCAAAUCACAUUACCGGGUAAAUAAUUUUUAAGAUUACAUACACACACACAUAUACGCACACAUACCUACGAGUGAAACAACAGCUGUUUUUUCUCUAUACACAUGGGAAUUGAUUAAAAAUUGCCUCUGAAAUACAUUAGAAUAUACACGUGUGUAUAGAAUAUAUACACAUAUAUACUCACACACUCAAUGUAUUUUUUUUUAAAAACACUGGCAGUAACCCAAACCACUUGAAAAUGCAUGUAUAAAUUACCCCAUGAAAUGUAAGCUGCAUUAUGAAGAACAGGUUUCCACUGACACCUGAAAAUCUUGACUAUUUUUUAAUGUUUAACCAAAAGUAGACAUCAUUUAUGGAAAUUCCUAUACCAGAUAAUACUCAUUUAUUUGAAAUCACUGAUUUCUGUUGACUAACCACAGGCUACUUUCUCUUCACUCCUAACAGAAUAAGCCAAGCCAAGUAGAGUUAAACAUUGAUGCAUUUUAAAAGCUAUCACAUCUUAGAAAACUCAACUUUAAGUUUUACUUUAUUUUACCUCUCACUGUGCCCUAAAAACUGUGAUGUAUCUCAUGGAGAGAAAACACUAGUUUAAAAAGAACAAACAGGAAAGUUGUAUAGGUAUAAAAUAAAAAAUAUUGUUAUUUCAAGUUAUUUGGUCAUUCCUUGCCAUAGUUAUUCAAAUAAACAUCUGUUUGUACUUGUAUCCUAGUGUGAGAAUUAGAAAGUUUCAAAGGAUACUACUUCAGUAUGGGACACUGAAAAGUGUAUAUUAGAGAAAUUCCUUCUGAAGCUAUUACACCCUUUUUUCUAUGUGAAAGUUGAGGGCAAUUUAUAUGAAUCACUUUUUAUGUAAAAAAAAAAAAAAAAGUUAUUUGAGUUGUUGUACCCAUAUAACUGACAAUCUAACUGACAAUCCUAGCCAGCUAGCAUAAUCUGUAUGGGAUUUGACACUAAAUUAUACUGGUCCCUUUAAAGGGAAAAAAUAUUGAAAUUUCAAUACUGACAAUCUUCUGCUUGUAGUUUCAUUGUACAUUUAUUUUUAAAGACGAAAACGAAAGCCGGGCAAACCCAAGUUGUCCAGGCAAACUCGAAUCUUUCUGUCAUGUCUGAUAUUAUAAUCUUCUAUGUAAGUUUUUUAAUUAAAAGUUAUUUCUAUAUACCUUGUGUUGUCUGACUUGAUUAAAACACCACCUAUUCAUGGCACCACCUUUUCCUAAGCCAAAAUAAAAGCACACAUUAAACAAAAAUUUAUGUAGUAGUGUUAGAAAAAAACAAGCAAGGUCUAGUCUGUGCUUAAGUAUUAACAUUCUUUUUUUUCUAAGUAUUAACAUUCUUACUCUUCAUACCUUAUUUCUCAAAAUUCAUAUUAAUCUAAAGAAGUUUAAUGACACUGGUCCUGUUAUUUCUUGCAUAUUUUUUUACACAGCAAGAACAUAAGAAUGAAGUCUUUGACAUGUUAUCUGUUUUCUAAGUAUAACUUGGAGCACAGGUAUGAAAAAUGUUCAUGAAUUAACUCUGCACACUAUCGCUUAGCUCUCUUGGUCUGUCUUGGGGGGGAGAAAAACAAAAACCCUUGGGGCCAGUAUCUGUAGUUCCAGAAUAUUCGCAGCUAUCUAGUUCUGCCAGACCGAAAAUAAGACAAUGUUAAGUAAAAGAAGCUUCCUUUGCCUAGCCUGCCUCCGAGGGGCUCCAUUUGUAGGGGUACAGACUAGAAAUCCUAUUCCCUACUGGAUCCUCUCCAGGGUACUGACUUGUUGCUGAGCUUUAGUUUCUUCAUUUUUUAAAUGGGGACAAAAUACCUGUCCUACUAUUCAUAGGAGUACUUAGUAGAUUUAAUGAGAUUUUAUCGAAGUACUUUGUAACUUACAUAGGCUUUACUUUUCCUUUCUACUCAAAGACAACUCCUUAACAAUGGUAGAUGAGAUUAAAAAAAGAAAAUUGCUGAAUAAUCUGCACCUCAAGAAAAGCUAGCAGAGAAAACGCCCUGAUUAAAUCUGUACUUACGUUCUAGAACAGAACACAGACUGCCUGAAAACGCCUGGACUUCAUACCUUCUUUCUUUAUAGUUUUUAGGCAUCAAGUAUAUGGUGAAAAGUGAAAGAUAUUUUAGACAAAAGAAUAUCGGAUCUCAUCCCAGCUAAAUCUAAACAUAGAAUUUUUAUAAAUCCUAUUUUAGUCAUAUUAUCAAGCAUAUACACAAAUCACAAAUGACACGGAACAGGAGAAACAUAACGACUUCCUUUGCUUUUGCAAAACAGCUGAGAAAUAAGAGAAAAUUCUUGCAAGAAAUACAGAAAAAAUCUUUUUUUCAUAGUAGCUGAUACGCCGCCUUUGGCAUUAAGACAUUGUUUUAUAACUUUAAUACAGCCAUAUUUUUACUCUUUAUAAAAAUCAAGUCUCCCAGUAAAAACAGGGUAUUCACCAUACCAAUCUUUAAAUUCUAUUACUAAAAAUGUAGAUAUAAUAUACACACCAAUUUCUACCCUCUUGGAACAUUCUGCACUAUAGAUUUUAGUCACUGGAAUGAAUAAUUGCUCAGAAAAGCAGCACUGCCUAAACUGUGAUAUGAUUUGGUAGUCAAUAGUCUUGUUUUCCAGUAAAAAGGAGAUUUCAUGAGCAGAAACACUGGGCUGCUUGAGGUCUCAUCGAUCAAGACAACGUUUCUGAGCAGCUUCUGAGCAAACAUUUCUUAACAAGUUGAUCACAGAUCGGGGGUCUUCACUCCUCAUAAUGGCACUGCCAGAUACAAUCAUGUUAGCUCCUGCCUGGAAGAAGUAAACACUUAGGUUACGCCUCAAAGGAAGACACAGAAGAGCCUAAAACAGAAUUCCUAGACUGGAGUUUCUACCCUUCCAUCUGUCAGUCUGUAAUUAUACAAAAGCUGCUUUGAGAUGAACAGAAUACUUAAGUAAUCUAGUUCAAUGAAGAAAGAAUUUACAACAGCAAUAACUGAAAAAUGGAUGUGUGUAUGCAUACACAUGUGUAGGUAUGCAUAUGUAUAUGAAUUUACAACAGCAAUAACUGAAAAAUGGAUGUGUGUAUGCAUACAUAUGUGUAGGUAUGUAUAUGUAUAUCUAUACAGGUUUAUGUACAUGUAUGUACAUAUACAUUCAAAUAUAUAAUAAAGCACAAAGGGUGUACAGUUACAGAUACUUCUUAGACAUAACAUCUUGCAGGAUUGGUUUUCUGGGUUUGAUGGCUUAGGACCGUAGUCUCAUGGGCCAACUCAGUCAAUUGAUAUAAUACAGUUCAUAAAGUUUAAGUUCUACAUACCAGCCUGGUGAGUAGUGUCUGAGGUCUUAAAAGCUUGCAAGCGGCCAUCUAAGAUACAACUAUCUGUCUCUACUUGUAUAGAGCAAAAGAGAAAGAAGGAAACGCAAGAUUCAGACAAGAAACUGGUCUACAGGAUUGUCUACACGAACCACAGCCUCAUCUACCCUGAGACCAGAAGAACUAGAGGAUGGUGCCAGGCUACUACUAUAAUCAUUCUGAUCACUGCCAAAAUUGAUGGAUCCUGACGGAAUGGGAGAAAAAUGCGGAUCAGAACCUCAAAUUCUUAAAAAACCCAAACUUACUGGACCAGUUGAGACUAGAGAACUCCCCAAGACUACUGCCCCCGAAAUACUUUUUAAACCUUGAACCAAAACUGUACCCUGAGGUCACCUUUUAGCUAAAUAGAUUAGCUCACAAAAUAGAGAAUAUCAUCCAUGAGUACUGUGCCCCUUUAAAAAAUGACCUCUACGAGACCAAAUGGUCAACAAUUACUUUAAAGCAAAGAUGAGAAGGUAAGGGGGCAGGGAAACUAGAUUACUGGAAAUGGAACAACCAGAACUGAAUCAAUGAGAACGUUCAUGCAUUUUGAACACAACCAAUGUCACUAAACAAUUUGUGUAAAAACUGUUGAAUGGGAACCUUAUCUACUGUGAAAACCCUAUAAAAUAUUGUUUUUUAAUGUGAAAAAAAAUGUGCUUAGCUUAUGAGGGUAUGAAAUUAUAUUUAAAUGUGUCUAAAAAAUCAAUGACCUUUUUGGUAAUCCAGUCUACCACAUUUAGUUAACAAGGUUUAAAAAUCUUUAAUCCUCAAUUCUAUAAAGGUAUUUCCACUAUAUACCAGUGCCCCUGGCUACUUAAAAAAUGAAAAUGGUUAUGUUUUAAUCUUUGAUUUAUGUAUAUGAACUUGCAGAUAGUCUGAACGGUCAAUUCUCACUAAAACAUGAAACUACCAUAAAAUAUACCACUAAAUUUAAAUAUGUAGCUUUUCAUUUUGCUGCUAGAAAAAAUAGCAUGUAUCUUUAGGUUUCAUCACAUUCCAGAAUGGUUUUAAGGUAGCUUAAAUUUCAAGAUGAUUUUUUUCAAAUAUGGAAGCAAAGAAAUCAAAGACAAAAGCAAGUAAGAUGGCCCCAAAUUUAGCUCUGUGCUUCCUAGGAACUAGACUCAAGGGAAACCCAAUCUGUUAUGUGACUGACUGCCAGAAGGAAGGGGGGCAGAGAGGACGACUAGAAGCACUGAAGCUGAGGAAAAUUUCUCCCAUGAGGCACUAUCACUGUAUGACACAGUGGACUACAUCUCCAACAACAUUCCCCACAGAAAAUGAGCUUUAUAGGCUUACCACUUACCAUGACCUGUAAUUUGAGCAUGGUAAAGCACAGCUCAGUAAAAAGCAAUUCUACAAAGGAUCAAAAGGGUAUAUGCUCAUUGUCUGGCCAGCUCCUCCUCCACUAAUAUUUAUCAUAGCCAAGCUUUUGAUAAGCAUCAAGCAGAAAAGCGUGGCAGUUUUACAAGAACCUGGAGGUGCAGACAGGCUAUGUUGCUGAGUUUUCAUCACCCGCAGUGCUACUGGAAGGACUGGUGUCUUCUUAUGAAGCUCAGGAGCUUAACCAAGCUAGCUGAGCAAGCUGAAGAGAGGCUCUACAUAGAAUGAGGCAACAGGGGUAUCCAGAGAUCAGGCCUAAAUUUUCAUCUAAAAUAGUGCUAGUCGGUUCUUACAAGGGACAAAUACGUAACUAAUGCACCUAAAUUCUUCAGAAUAACACGGUAGUUAGGUGAAUUCAGAUUUCUUUUUCCCCCUUGUCAAGCAGGUAUCUUGUCUUUCCCUAUUUUGGAAAAAUUUCUCAUUCCAAGGUCCUGGAACUUAAGCUUAAUGAUCUUCCAAAGGGCUGGCAUUCAGCAUAUCUUUAAUUAAAAAAAAAAAAAACUUUAUUCAGUACUGCUGAGAUAAUUGGGACUUCUCUUUUUCACCCUAUUUCUGCAUUUGAACAAAAAAUACUUUCCUAAGAAAGAAACUCAAUGUAGGAAAUGUCUUUGGCCUAAAAGACAACGUCCUAGACAAUACACUGAAUAGGCAAUGGGUCUGGGUCACAGCUGAGGAGCAGUCUCACCUCUGCACACUUAUGGACAGUAUCAGGACCUACUCCACCAUCGACCUCUAUGUCCAAAGACGGGAACUGGGUCCUCAACCAGUGAACCUAGACAUACAUGAGGAAAUAAGUGAUUCCUAAAGUGAACAGGUAGGGGAAAAAACAACCAAAUGAACAGAAAAUCAAAGAGCCAAUAUUAACCACUAAAAUAUGCUCAAAUGUCUCACGUAAUAACUUUAUGGUAAUACAAAGUAUUAUUGGGGUAAACUUGCUUUUUAAUGUCCCAAAAGAAAUUAAGCUUUAUAAAAGCAACCUUUGUUCUGUUUGGCAAAUAGCACUUAACUUGUCACAGUUGGCAGAGAAUAUACCUCAUAGAAACAAGACAAAAACAAAAGCUUCAAUAUUCAUGAAAACUCCCCAGAGAUCUAAAGAUUACAGAUAAUGGUCGUGAAAGAAAAUUUCAUGAUAAAGAUGAAAUACCUUUUUUGAUUUCCAAAACCUCCACCAUAUACAAUAAAAGCCUCACUCAGAAUCAAAUACUUUUUUUUUUACCUUUGGCAUCAUGUCUUCCAUGAAUUUCUGCCCUCCAAAUCCAGGUUCCACUGUCAUAACCAAGGCCAUAUCUAUCUGAUUAGCCCAUGGUGCCAAAUACUCAACUGUAGUUCCUGGUUUGAUGGCGAGACCAACCUAUGAGAGAGGCAAAUUUGCCAUCUAAUGAACAAUUAUUUCCAUAUUAUAGAUCGUGAUAUAUCAGGCCCAAUAGAAAAACUCUCUUCUUAAAGAAUACAUAAAUUGAAGACAUAAAAAGAAUGCUUAAUUGUUCAGAUCAUAACCUUAAAGACAAAAUGCCAGUAAGGCUAUCAAAUUCAAAUGUUUCAAAAGGCAGUAACUUUUAGAAAACAUUAGUGGAAUAAGUAAAUCCUACCUGACAGGUAAGUCAUAUUUAAACUCUGACUUCACUGCUAAAGAAUAGCUUAGGUCAGGCCUCUGCUACCUUUAUCACUUCCUGCCUUUUACCAAAUUUUCCAAACUCUGAAAGUAAAGAAUAUACACUAUUACCAUCAACAAUGACUUCUUACCUUCAUCCCAUUCUCCCGAAUGUCUUUAAUCAAAGCCCCUGGGUUCUCAGUAGCCUCAAGAUGAAAGGUGUAUUGAUUGGCCCCUGCUACAGCCAUUGGCUUUACCCACUGUUCCGGCCUGGACACCAUCAUGUGCAUGUC